AUGUACUAUUCAAACUAUAACGAAUAUAUUCAGAACCAAAAUUAUACUCAACAAUCUACGCUACCUUUAGCACCUCCUUCUUAUCAUGUUGAUGGAUACCCAUUAUCAAAUCAUGGUCAAUUGUAUUCACAAGUACAACUAUCAAAUACUGAUAAUAGUUCCAGAACAACAGAUUCAAUCUCUGCUAGCUCUGCUACUGAAUCUGUCUUUUCUGCUAAUAAUCAUUCCCACACUCCUACUCAAGCUCGCCCAAUCAAUCAUGAAGACAACAACACUUUCUACGAUGCUAGAGUUAAAGAACUGGAAGAGUACUACUUAAAGACACUACUAAAUGAUAAUAAUGACAAUAACAACUACGAAGUUAAUGGCAAUAUUAGUGAUGUAUCUUUGUCUCCAGAACCAUCUUAUGCAAAACCAAUGGAUUAUUUUUAUAACGGUAAUACUAAGAACAACAAUAUUUACUUAACUACUCCUCAAGUACUACUAUCAUCAUCAUCAUCAUCUUCUUCUUCUUCUUCUUCUUCUAUGCCUAAAGUUUUAUCUAAUAAUAAUACUAGUAACAUUAAUCCAAUUAUAAAUCCAUUUCUCACUCAACCAAAUGAUUCUUCUAAGAGACCUUUCAACAAUAAUAAUCUACAACCAAUUGUUGAAAACAAAAAAUUACAAGUUGCAAUUAAUCCAAAUUAUGCACCAUCAGCAAAUAAGGGAGUCCUACCAUUAACCACUGAAAACUUACAAAAACUAUCAAUCUCAUCUAAUAACCAACAGAAACAAGUUAAACAACCAAAGAAAACCAUCAAAUCGAAAACCAAAUCUCAAUCUCAAUCACAAACGAAACAAUUAUACAAGACAGAAUUAUGUGAAUCAUUCACUUUGAAAGGUGUCUGUAAAUACGAAAAUAAAUGUCAGUUCGCUCAUGGGUUACAUGAAUUACAAUUAAAGGAACGUUCCACCAAUUUUAGAACUAAAAAUUGUUCUAAUUGGCUUAAAUUAGGUUAUUGUCCCUAUGGGAAAAGAUGUUGUUUCAGACAUGGUGAUGAUUCAGACAUUAAGAUUUACUUAAAUGCAGGAACGUAUACCUCUGUAAGUAAGGAUACUACUACUGCAAGAAAGAAGAAUACUCAUGCCAAUGUUAAAGUUUUGAAAAGAAUGACAUGGUAA